UGCUUAUCUUACAUACCCUUUUCCCUCGCGCCUACGGUUCAUCCUCAAGCUCGGGAAUCAUCUGCAAUACUUCGUCGACGCACCUCUUUAUACCCAUUUUUCUCGUUCAGAUGCUUUCGCUGCGAGUUGCGUCUCCUCAGCUCUUAGCCCGCGAACGGCCCGAAAUUUUCAAGAGAAGACCCCAUUUCGCGGUGGUACGUGCGGUUGAGAAAGAUUCGAAGCAAUUCGAGGUAGACCAAGACAAGGCGCGGGAAGCCCUUCAACAGCUCGACCAGCAGCUUCAGUCUCUGUCCCAGAAACGAACCCCUCCUCCAAAAGUGAAGGCUUCGGAUGUGAAGCUGACGAGCGACCAAAUGACAGGACAAGUCGGGAUGGAGAUUUCGGAGUCUUUCCUAUCGAAUGCAGCUGGUGGUCUCCUGCUCUUCACCUUCCUCUAUAACCUGUUGUUCUACGGCGUCAUCAAACCCUCCAUAGACGGACCAGACUCUCCCCCGAAAGGUUCCAUCACAACACAAGCUUCAGAAGCUGUGGAUUCUCCCCAGUCAUCGCCACCUCUGCUCGAAAUUCCUUAAUACAUUUGCAACAACGCGAUCCGGUGCCAACAGGAAAACGCAGUUAGUCGAGCUACUUUCGAGCUAUGGGCGAUAGAUCUUUUCUGCAGACGAAUAUUUUACUGUUCCAUUUCUAAGGUCUAUCUUCAACACCUGAAGAUAACCCAGCCCAAUUGCACAUCUGCACUGCAUCUCAACACUUGUACAGAAAACUUGGUUUUGUAUAUGUAGAAGCGAAAAAGCUUCACUGUGUUUCCGUACUUUAGGUAGAAGACUAUCAUAGGAAAACACUUGACUCUGUUCUUUUGAAGUUUACUGGUCGAUAGCCUCUGACCCUCUU